AUGGCAAAGUAUUGCGCAUUGGUGUUUCUGGCAACCGUGCUGUGUGUGGCGUCGGGCGAGAUCCGAUCGGCGCAGGAUGUUGACUGGAGCCAGGUGCGUCGAUUCUAUGAUCCAAAGGCGAACGUACCGGAACGUCGCAUCAACAAUGGCCAGAUCGCAACUCCAACCGAUGUACCGUGGGCGGUCGGAUUGCUUGUGUCUCUUACGUCCGGCACGAGUUUCUGUGGCGGUGCACUGAUUUCUCCGACUCACGUCUUGACGGCGGCAUCCUGUGUGAGUGGUCAAUCGUCCAUUACAGCGAUGUUGGGUGCGAGCACCAUUGCAACUACGUCCGACUUUGUGCCAGUGUCUCACAUACGGGUGCAUCCCGAUUACAGUUCCUUCCUCGAUCGGGACGAUAUCGCCAUCCUUACGUUGGCCCGUGAGCCUCGCUGGAAUGACCAAAUCCAAAUCAUCAACCUGCCACGCCGCAUGUACAUUGGCCACUCGUUCAACAACUACAUCACGACGAUCUCGGGCUGGGGUGAAACUGGUACCAACACGGGCGAACCUCUGCCGAUGCCGAAUCUUCGCUUCAUCCGCAGCCCUGUCAUCACGAACCUGAGCUGCGAGUUGUCCUUCCUGCUGAAUAAUAUCCGCAGUACGCACAUCUGUUCCUCGACCGAUGCUGGCGCACCGUGCGUUGGAGAUCAGGGUGCACCGGUGACGGUCACCGAGAACGGGGAAACGUUCCUGAUCGGUAUCCACGUGUUCACUGCAUCGCGCUGCGAACGUGGCCGUCCGGCCGUGCACGUACGUCUCACGGAGUACAUGAACUGGCUCGAGCUGAACACUGACGCCCUGAUCCGGCAGGAAUUUCCACGCAUAAAUACGACGCACUCUAUUGCUAGUGUCCGCUGUAGUCUGGCGAGCUUAGACUGGAAGCAUCAUCACCAUGGCAGGAUCAUCGUGGAAUCGUUGCGCUCCUGCGGUAAUCCGCUGCUGGACGUACCAGACAGACGUAUCAACAAUGGGAUAGAAGCUGGUCCCACUGAUGUACCAUUCGCGGUGGGUAUUCUUGUGACGCGUCCUUCCCAAACCUACUUCUGCGGUGGUACACUAAUCUCGCUGCGCCACAUCCUUACCUCUGCCUACUGUGUCGAUGGCUAUCGUACUAUCACCGUCAUGCUCGGUGCUUACGACAUGACCUUGGUGCAGGACUUCAUUACCGUCUCGUCCGCGUUGGUACAUCCGAACUACAGCUCGUUCUUCACGUCGAACGAUCUGGCCAUCCUGACGCUCUCCCGCCCAGCACAGCUCAGUGAACGGGUGCAGAUCGCUCAACUUCCCAGCCGUUUGUACAUUGGACAUUCGUUUAACAAUUACGAAGCCACGAUAGCCGGUUGGGGACGGACGGGAUCCAAUACGGGCGAAGUCGUCCCGGUUCGUCGUCUACUGUACUUCCGGGCCCGUGUCAUCACCAACACGAGCUGUCUGAUUAGCUUCCCGCUAUAUCUAAGCUCGACCAACAUCUGCACUUCGACCGGGACCGGUGCUGCCUGUAUCGGAGAUGAAGGUGGUCCGGUUACGGUUACCGAGAACGGACAGACCAUUUUGAUCGGUGUACAUUCGUACGGGUUUUCGAUGGGCUGCGAACGUAGCUGGCCAUCGGUACAUACGCGUAUCACAGAGUAUCUCACGUGGAUAGAAAACAAUUCCGACGCAGUAGUUGUAUGA